AAUGAACUCGAAAAGUAAAUUUAGAAUUAAGAGACCGAAUUUUAACAGUUUAUCAGCUUUUGGCAAGACUAUCAGGAACUUGUCGAUAAAUAGCAGAUGGUUUGAUAACUACUACUUGGAAUACCGAAAAAGUACACUGAUCAAUUAUAAAUGUCCUAAAAAGACGGAAUUAGACUUAAAAACUGAUUUGAAACAUCUAACUACGGAUCCUAACACUUCUAUGGAAAAUAUAUCGAAAAUACCUAAUAAUAAGCAAAGUCAUUUACUUUCUAGGUCAGAUUACACAGAGACUGUAAGAACGAAUAACAACGAUUUAUCACAAACAUGCAAUCUACCUAUACGACAAGAAUUUAGAACGUCACCGUUGAAUAAUCCAAAAAGUCAUUCUUUCUUCAACAAUGCCAACAUUUCCUAUGAAUCUCAGUCUUCUUCAAGUGCCAUAAGCAAACACUGUAGCGAAAAAGAGUUUGGCAGAAUGUGCACAGAGUUGCUCAAUACAUCUCUUAAGGAAACACCAAAAAGUAAAGACCGUAGAACCUUUGUCAAGACUCCUUCUACAGCGACUAGGAAUAGUUGGAACAGGAGAGACAAUACACUUGAUUCAGAUGAAUUACAGCAGGAAAUUGAGAAUCCAGCAUGUCUUUCAUCGUCGAAAAGGUACGACGAUGAUUUUCUAAACACUGAUGAGAGCAUUAUGGUAGUUGCAUCAUCGCCAAAUGCAAUGAAAACAAAAUGCGAAACAAAAACCUCUCUGAACAAAUUUCCAAGGUCUUUAAAUUUCGAUUCGCUAGAUGAAACAUCCAUCAAACAUAGACGUUGUGAAGUUCGUUUGGAGAACUUGAAUGAGAAACAGUUACAAAAGUAUACCGUGAAUUACGAAAAUUCUCAUGAUGAUAGUUUCCAACGCAAGCGAGAAUCUCUUAGUUCACCUCUCUUCACUAGUUAUCGAGUUCGAAAGAAUUCGGGUAAACUAAGAAAGAGUUCAGCAGCCAUUAAAGGUGUUCAUGCCGAGACUAUGUACAGAAAGGUGAUUGAAGAUGACGCCAUGGAUACCACCAGCUCUGAGGAUGAAAGUUUUAAUGAUGAGAAUGAUAAAGAUAAAAAAAGACUUACUCGUCGAAGACACCGAAAAUUUUCCUCUAUUUUCAAAUGCUGUCCACAUAAUUGUUACGAAAGUCUAGAACCUUCCGCUCAGAGAAAUCAGUUUGAUAUUUACUACUCCAAAAGCCCUAGCGAACAGAUUCAACACAUUCUGAAAUACUUAACUCUUGAUGAAGAUAAUGAGCCUAUCUUUGAAAUUCAAGAAAACUAUUUCUGCAAUCCCUUCAUUGCAAACUUAUUUAAAGUUCCGCUAGAUUGGCUGGAAAGAGUUAUUGAAAAGAAUAAUCCGUGUGGAGAGUUUACAGCGAAAACAUGGCUGGAAUCUGACGAGUACGAAGCACUUCAGAACUUUUGCUACAUCAAGGGUAUAAGAAGCAAGAACUUUCCAUAUUUAAAGAAAGUUUUUGGAGGUGUAUCUGGUUUAUACGCAAGUUACUGCUACUUUUUUCAAAAUAAUCAUAACAGAAAGCCGAAAAUUUCUAAACAAGCUUUCUACAAGACAUUCCUUCAAUAUUUAUCAGAAAAGGAAGUCGAUAUUGUAUAAAUUAUUAAAAUUCUUUAUCAUUAAUAUGCUUUUUUUUUUGUUUAUGGUGAUGGUCUCAAAAUAUUUAAAUGUUUUGGCUUUUUCGUUUUUUCUGCAUUGAACGCUCAUCUUCAAUAUGUGCCUUUUGUUUGAAUAAAAGUUUCUUAACUAUUUUUAAAUUCUCCGGAAAUAGUUUCGACG